GCGACCGAGGGGAAGGGCAUCGGGAGGAAGUGGUCUUAGGGACACGCCUGCAGAGAAGGCGUCAUUGUGCUCGAACGUGUCCCUGGAAGGAUGGCUGCUGUUUUUCUAAAGAAGCUACCAUUACGAACCAUCACAACUGAAAACAGAUGCCUUAGGUGUUUGGGAAAAUGCAUCGUGCAGGAGCUGGCACUAGCACAGUUGCCCCGUACCGCCUCUGCCCCGAGACCGGCCUAUCUAACUCACGCGAAAGCUUUUAGUACUGUUGAAGACACCCAGGCUGAAAGAAAAAAGAAAGAAAAGAAUGAAACUGAUUUUAGUAACAUUGGAAGAAAAAUCAGUGAGAGAAUUAUUCAUUUAUUUGAUGAGCAGGGCAAUGAUUUGGGAAACAUGCACCGAGCGGAAGUGAUUCAGCUCAUGGACGAGCGAGACCUGAGACUUGUGAAAAGGAAGCCCAGCGCCGAGCCCCCCGAGUACCAGCUCAUGACAGGCCUGCAGAUUCACGAGGAGCGGCUGAGACUGAGAGAGAGGGAGAAGGCGAGACCUAAAACUGGACCGACGCUCACAAAGGAACUAAUGUUUUCUUCAAAUAUCGGACAACAUGAUUUGGACACAAAGAGUAAACAGAUUCAGCAGUGGAUUGAAAAAAAAUACAAAGUUCAAGUUACUGUGAAGAAAGCAAAGAAUACAGAAGAACCAGAAAAUAAAAUACAGGAGAUAUUUAAUCAAAUCCUCCAGACUAUGCCUGGAAUAGCUACCUUCUCAUCCAAGCCACAACCCGUUAAAGGAGGAAAAGCUGUCAUGUGUGUUCUUCGUCAUUUGAGUAAAAAAGAAGAGACUGCAUAUAGAGAGACUCAGCAGACCCAGGAAGGAGACCCUCUGAACAAAAAAAAUGGAACCAACACAGAAUCAGGUGUUCUGCAUCAGUGAUUAAAGAGAAAGGUGCUUUUGAGAGAAAAUACAGUCAUACCUCAGUACUCAUUGGCUUCAGAACUUGUCAGACCCUGUACUUGUCACAUUUUGGUGAGAAAAAAUGUUUCAGUGCCUGGCGCUUGCUUGGGACUCGUCACACUUGCUAGAACCUGUGUAAGUCACAACGUCACCCUGCUAGAGAAGAUGUUUCAUCACUCGUCGCUUGCUUGGUACUCGCCGGUUUCAGCACCCGUAUUGAGUUCUGGAAUGAACUAAUGAGGAGUUCCAAAGUAACACUGUGCAGGCAUGCCUUGUUUUAUUGUGCUUUAUUGUUUUACAGAUGUUGCCUUUUUUACAAAUUGAAGGCAAGACCCUUCACCAGCAGAAACAUCUCAACUCACUUUUUCCCACUACGAGCUGUGCUGCGGUGGCUAGGAUCCCACGCAUGCACUGUCUGAGCUCUGCCUGUAAGCGAGCUGCUGGUCGGUGGGGACACCUGGGCGUUCAGCUGAGGGCGAGCACGGCGACCGUGGAGAGCACCUCGUCCCCCGCGCGGCUCAGCAGCUGUCCGGGCUGCGGCAAAGACAGGCUAUGCUCCCGUCUCCCCUUAGGAGGGAUGUAGCCACUGAGUCGGGAAGCUAAACUCCGUCUCUCACGAGUCUGCUUUACCUUUGGAAAUAAGGAAAACACUUAGAAUUCAGGAUCAAAAUUACCUGAGCUUAUUUUACAGCAGUCACACACCCUGAUAGGCACACAACACCCCAUACAAGAAAGUGAAACCCACCCAGUUGCUCUCAGUGGCAAUGCAAGCUCACACAGUAAUAAAGAGUCAAAACUAUUGUAAGUAGAUUGCCCCUGGCUUCAGUCUGCAAUUUAUGUUUUAAAAGCAGCUCGCCUGUAUUGUCUCGACUUACUUUAAGCUUCAUUUUCCUCUUGUCAGGAUCAUGAACAACAGCAUGCCUAGUGAGGCUUUGCUGAAAUGAAAGGAAAAGUUCUGUUUUUAAAACACUGCCAUUUGAUGUCUAUUAGCAUGAAAAUUCCAUGCGUUAUUUAAAUAAACAGCCUUCUUUCUGCGA